AAUAAGGAUUAAGACGCUAACCACAUGAGAAGUCUGGAUUUUUCCAAAUUCUAUCUAUUGAAAAAAAAAAGAGAGAUUUAUAUAAUAUUAACACUAAAGCCAAAAGAUACUCAUCACCCAAAGCCCUUUCUCCCUCUAUAAUACAGUGCGACCACGGACACGAAGCAAACCCAGCCCCCCGACCGACCGCCCAGUCAGUAGCCAUCACCGGUCACCAGUCAACAAAACUCCGCAGCGCAGCAGUCUGCCUUGAAUUUCUGGCCUUCUUCCUCCUUCUUCUGCCUGACAGAGAUGGUGAUAUUAGUGGUGUUGAAAUCUUUGGUCAGGUGGCAUGAUGUGGGAACUUAUGAUGUUCAUACCAAAACUGGAGGUCCCAAUGGCUCAAUCAGGAAUGAGCAUGAAUUAGGCCAUGGAGCAAAUAGUGGCUUGAAAAUUGCCAUUAACUUAUGUGAGGAAGUGAAGUCCAAACAUCCAAAGAUUACCUAUGCUGAUCUUUACCAGCUUGCUGGGUUGUUGCCGUUGAGGUCACUGGAGGUCCAACUAUUGACUUUGUUCCAGGAAGAAAUGAUUCUCUGGAAUCUCCUGAAGAAGGACGUCUUUCAGAUGCUAAACAAGUUGAUUCCGAAAAUGACAAUGCAGCUUUGGAACCAAAGGUUGCCAAAGAGACAAUCAAUUUUAAGGACAUAAAGGAAUUGAUCGUAUUAUUGCAUCCCUGCAACACAAGCUAAUUAUCAUACAUUCUCCCAUAUAACAGUUGUGAAAAAGUACUGUUAUUUUCAUACCUUAAAGUUUAUUAUUUAAACAUAAAACUACCAAGACCAAGUCAGUUAUUGUAAGACUUGAAAUAAGAUUCAAACCAAGAAAAUCACGAAAGAAUAUAAGAUGGUCUUAGUGUUGUUGGUCUGGUGGUGGUGUGGUGCUGAUGCUAGGCUUAGGCUUGGACAUUAGUGUUGGUGAACUGAAACUUACUACACUGAUCUGAAAUAUAUAUUAAAAAUAGUUUGAUUAGUUUUAAUAACAGUUGGAUUUUGUCUAUGUGUUUAGAACCAAAACAUUGAUUUUCACAACCCACUAUUGAUAUUUUUUCAGUGAAUAUAUUACAUCAUAUAUACAAUUAAAUGAAACUGAUUGCAUGCAUGCAUGAAAAUGAAUCAUUGGUCAGUUAUAAGAUUUUAUAAUGUAAUAUACGAAACAAAAAUUCUAACGAUGAAUAUUAUAUAUCAAAAACAUUUCUUUUUUUCCCUUUUUUCGAAAUGAACAUACAAAAACAAGUCAUUUGGAAAAAUCUCACCUUAACAGGACUAGAAGCUAGUAGUACAUAUGCACGUCCAUAAAAAACAUUUCCGGUAGUUGGAUCAGAUAAUGAAACAUUUCAAGCAUUAAUUUUAUUUUUAGGUAGUAGAAUUAGCAAGGAGCAUUAGAAAAGCUUGCUAUUGAUUGAAAGAUGUAUAAUCUUUUAUUUAUUAUAAUAUUAUACAAGUGUACGUUACAAGAGUUUUGAUAUCUUAAAUAUUCAUCCAUAGUGAAGUAGGGUCUAGGAUUAUAAUUGUGUGCUGCGGUGAUAACGAAAUGUUGAAAACUUGCAUGUCUUAGUGAAGUAGGUUCUGUGAUAUAUAUAAUUGUGUGUUGGGGGAGAUAUUAGGAAGAAAAAUUGCAUGUUGUUUGAAUUGAUUGAAUUAUUUGAAGUGGUAUUGACAGAUGGUUAGGUUACAAAUAUAGGGGAAGUGUUGUCUGUUUUAAAUUUAGUCAUGAUAAUUAAAAAUAGUGGCAAUCGAUAAAUAUUGUUUUUUUUUUUCUUGAAGACCUUAAAUACACUAACUAAAUAAUAAAAGAUAGUAUGAAUGAUUUAGAAACUACUAUGUUUCCAAAGUUCUGAAAAGUACCAACAAUAUUGUCACAUCUUCGUUUAAAAAAAAAUGAAUAUUGUCAUGAUCUCCAAUUACAUUUGUUGCCCUUUAAAGAAAAAAUGAAUACGAACUUUUUUUAGAUAUGUUGAUUUUAGUAUAUAUAUAUAUAUUAUAUAUUUUUUUUUGUUGGAUACUUUACCUUUGAUUUUGUUAUGUUUAUUCAGAUUUAGAGCAUAUAUGUGUACUAUUGUAAUUAAGUUCUUUUUUUGUGAUUCAUUUUUUACAUUUAUUGAUUUUGGUAUAUAUAUAUAUCUAUAUAUAAAUAUAUUUUUGUUGAAUAUUUAUUUCUGGUAUUAUUAUAGUUAAUUAUAUUUAUAGUAUUCAUUUUUUUUUGCCAAUGAUAAAAUAAUUAGUAUGCUUAUUAUGUUGGUGAUUAUAGGACUUAUUGUGCUCAUAUAUUUUUAAAGGCAUACAAAGUGUCAUAAAUGCCCAUAAUAAGUCAUUCUUUUUUCUUUCUGAAAUCCUUAUGAUGAUUAAAUUGGGGAUGUUCUAUUAUUAAAUUGGGAAUUUUGUUAUACUGUAAUUCACAACAUCAUUGGUCUCCCAACCGUCUCAAACCUUGUCGGCAUUCUUACAAGGUUUGUUUUUGUUUAAUAAUCUUUAAGAAAGAUUAAUCAAUUAAUUUUACAUAUUUUUAUUGUUAGUUCUCUCAUUCAUUAGUUAAUAUAUUAUGGUAAGAUAUAUAUUUAAUUAUAAUUUGAAGUUUUUAAUUCAUUGGUGCAAGGAAUAUCAUAGGACUGACUUUUAAGGUGGAUGCCUAGAUUUAUUAGGAAGAAUAUUGAGAAAAGAAACAUGAUUGAGUUUGCAGUACUGAUUUGGAGAAGAUAAUUAUGUUGUCUUGUUAAGAUUUGUUGUAUUAUUUAUUUUGAAGUUUAUGGAUUUAUAAUAUUAUAAUGAAUUUUUAUUGAGAAUUAUUUAGUCUCA